AUGUAAGGUGGGUGUCUGUAAUGAGAACAUAGGCUUCUCGCUAGUUCCCGUUGCGGAAACUAACAGAACUGGAUAAGUCAUGGAGGUACAACCGCAGAACUCCACCUCCCAGAAUUCUAACUUCCAUGUGCGCGUCCUGGCAGUAAACCGGACCAAACGUCACAUUCCUGCAUUCCCGUCCGUGUGUCAGAGACGUUGCUAGCUAGCUAAUCUUUUCCUCCCCGGACACAUUUCUUUCCGAAAAAGCACCCAUGCCAGGACUCAUGACACUGCAAAAGGGGAUUUAAAAUCAGGAGGUGCUUUCGGAUUCUGCAUCCAUCUGAAUCCACGAAACGGGUCCUGCCCUUCUGCCCUCCCCCGCCAGUGGCUGGUUGCCAUGGAGAACUCGUCGGUGGCGUCCGCGUCGUCGGAGGCGGGCAGCACGCGCUCGCAGGAGAUCGAGGAGCUGGAGCGCUUCAUCGACAGCUACGUGCUGGAGUACCAGGUGCAGGGUCUCCUGAGCGACAAGAGCGAGGCGGACGCCGACGGAGAGAAGCCCCACAUCUCACAGUGGACUGAGAACUGCAGUGACAAGAUAGAUGGAAGCUGGUCGUCCUCUCGUGGGCGGGGCUCUUCUAAGCCGGACGAGUGGGAGCACAGCAGCAACGGCAGCACCGGGUCCCGGCCCAGCUCGGGGUCACGACCUGGUUCCGGGUCCAGGUCUGGCAGCCGCGGAAGAAACAAUCAGUUCAGACCCCCGGCAAAGAACGGAAACAGAGAGGGGUCCUUUGACAUCCUGGGCACAGACAUAUGGGCAGCCAACACCCUGGACUCACAUGGUGGGGCGACCUGGGACCUGCAGCCAGAGAAGCUGGACUUCACCCAGUUCCACCGGAAGCCCUUCCGGGGCACCCCAAAGCACCUCCCACACAUCGACCGAGAGGGGAUGAUGAAAGGCAAAUUCGAUGAUGACGAUGGUAUCGACCUGAACGACAUGGAGAAGUUCCUGCCUGGCUUGACGGUCUUCCCGCCCCUGUCGACUGAAGCCGAAAUCGCGCACACCAAAAAGCUCUUCCGUCGCAGGAGGAACGACCGUCGACCCGCGCACUCUCAUGCUUUUAGACCCGCCCAUCUCUCCCCGGACCAGCUAACCGUGAUGCUGCCCGCCGAUGGGACGCGGAUAGUCACCAGGAGACAGCAGCGACUACCUGCAGGAGCCAAGUCCCAGAAUCCUCAGCUUCAGCAGCAGCAGCAGUCGUCGCAGCAACAGUCGCAACCGCAGCAACAGCAGCAGCAGCCGCAGCAACAGCAGCCGCAGCACCCUCCAGCCCAGCAGCAGCAGCAGCAGCAGCAGCCCAAACAGCCACAGCCGCCGAACACAGAGCAUCCGUCCGGCAACAGCAAGUACGCCCGAGAUCAUGGCCGACAGUUCCAGGGCCCGGGCCCGCACCCGUCCGGGCGACAGGGCCAAACCCACCACGGCUACAGCCAGAACCGCCGCUGGCACCACAACCAGAAGCAGCCGGCAGCCGCGGGGGGCGAGAAGGGAGUGCCCAGAAACACCAAAGAGACUGAGAAUGUGAGGGCCGAGGAGCCUGCCCCCCCGAGGCCGGACCCCGCCCCUGACAAGGGCCGCAGCGAGGGGCCCAAGCCCGGCUCCGCAGCGGAGGACAAGCGCCGGGACAGCAAUGCGGAGGGCCCCAGGGUCAGCCUGCUGCAGUCGUCCAAGGAGAGGCUGAGGAGGAGGCUAAAAGAGAAGGAUGACGUCCCCGUGGCGACCACCAACCCGCGGAGGAACCGCAUGGACAAGCUGAUGGAGAUCCUGAACAGCAUGCGGAACAACAGCAGCGAGGUGGACGGCCAGCUCACCACCUUCAUGGAGGAGGCGCAGAACUCCACCAACUCGGAGGAGAUGCUGUCCCAGAUCGUGCACACCAUCUACCAGAAGGCCGUCAGCGACCGCAGCUUCGCCGCCACGGCCGCCCGCCUCUGCGACAAGAUGGCCCUCUUCAUGGUGGAGGGCACCAAGUUCCGCUCCCUGCUGCUCAACAUGCUCCAGAAAGACUUCACGCGCAGGGACGAGCUGCAGCAGUCGGACGUGGAGCACUGGCUGGGCUUCAUCACCUUCCUCUGCGAGGUCUUCGGCAUCAUGAGGAGCAGCGCAGGGGAGCCCUUCCGGGUGCUGGUGUGCCCCAUCUACACCUGUCUCAGGGAGUUGCUGGAGUCUGCAGAGGUGAAGGAGGAUGCAGUUUUAUGCUGUUCUAUGGAGCUGCAGAGCACCGGCCGGCUCCUGGAGGAGCAGCUGCCCGAGAUGAUGACGGAGCUGCUGGCGGCGGCGCGGGACAAGAUGCUGUGUCCGUCCGAGUCGCAGCUGACGCGCUCCCUGCUGAUGGAGGUCAUCGAGCUGCACGCCCACCAGUGGAGCCCCCUGGAGGCGCUCACCACACAGUACUACAACAGGACCAUCCAGAAGCUCACCGCCUGAGCCCAGGCCCCACAGAGGCCUGAGGGUGCAGGGCGGGGAGGGGGAGGGCAGGGCGGGGAGGGGGGGAUCACAGACAGUCUGAAAUGAGCGCAGGGUAAAGGGGCGUGUCCCUCGCCAGCAAGGAGAGGGGAGGACGACAAAAGGCGCGUGUGGGGGAGAGGUGUCCCAGCAUGCCGUUCGGGAACGGGGUCCUUUGAGGUGAAAGGGGGAGAAGGGGUCGGGGUGGGCGGGAGGGAGGGGUGUUUCUUUCUCUCUUUUGUGUUCGUGUGCCAACCACCCGCACUCUCUCCCCCCCACCCCCGCCAGUCCGCAGACCCCCCCCCACCACCACAAACGCUUGUGAUGCGGUGUCGUACGGAGCACGCUCGGAGCCCCCGGCCCCCCGGGACGUCUCCUGAGGUCAAAGGAACAGACUGGAGGGGUGCGGGCUGGAGUCAGGCCCGCCAUUGUCCCGCUGCUUCAUUGUGUGCGCGCCUCUGUGGCCCUCUGUCUGACUCCCAGCGCCAGAUGGCGGCUGGAAACUCAAUGGCGGCACACUCCCCGGCCGACCCUGCGUCUCAAUGGGGGCGGGGCCGGGGGGCCACGGAGCCGGGGGGGGCGUCCCGACAGCAUCAGACAGCUUGCUUUGUGAGGGCUCUUUGUCACUGUCUUUUACUUCCCUCCGUCAAAGCUGAUGUUAUUCUUGUUAUUGAUAUUAUUUUAUUAUUCUUUUAAAUCAUGUUGCAAAACAAAUAUUUUGAAUUUUUAGGCUAGACUUAUUGCACAGAAUUUGAUUUAUUUGCACUGUUUUAAGGCAAUUGCUUUAAAAGAAAAAAAGAAGAACGUUUUUGGACAGUCGCGUGAGAUUGUGUUAACAGCUUCAGGAGCUGGAUGAUUGGGUUUACUAGAGGGAAAAACGUUUCACUAGAAGGACUCAUAGGACAUUUAUUUAAAGAAAUUGGGAGAGUUUAGUGGCCUUGUGAACAGCUACAAUUUGUAGUUUAAUGUCUUUGUUUUAAACCAAACCUACUUGGGAGUUUUAAGGCUUGCAAAGAGUGAAGGAAAUGGGUUUUAACCCUGCAAAAGAUAACCUCUUGGAAAUGUAACUAAUAAUAGGCAUUGAAUUGAACAGACAAGUAUGAAAUAUGAAGCUUUUGCCCCUGAUUAGAACAGGCUUUGAUACUUUUGCAUAUAUAUAUACUGAUAUGCUUUUUAAAAAUGUUUUUUUGUUUUCUUUUUUUGCAGAUGAUGAAAUUUGACAAUGUAGUAUUCAUCCAUAACUAUGGCUUCUGCGAAUGUGUUUACGCUAAUACUGGCAGGCCUAGCCAAUCAUAUCUAUUGGUGGGCUAUUAUGUAAUCACUCAUACAGUCUGUAUCAAUGUUGAAGACUAAGGAGAAGGGUAUAGGAGAGGUGAGCUUGCGUUGUGUACACAAUUUGACUUCGGAAUCGAGGGCUUAUUCUUAAGAACUACAAAAGUGUGAGGUUGUUUGGAUAGCCAGUGGCCUUCAGGCGUAUUUUUAUUAAACAUAAGCUCAUUUUGAACUCCGGGGUACACAGCACCCUGGGUUUCCUUUUGAAUUUCUGUGGGCAGUCAUGUGGUUUUUUUGUGUCUUGCAUCAAGAAUCCAACUCUUAAAGUAGUUUAUUUUUGAAGUGUUAUUUAAUUUCAUUCUUUUUUCAGUGGGUUUAUAUGUGAUCAGAGCAGAGCUAAUGCUGAUUCACUCUACCUGUUUAUUAUGUAAAUGUGGUAUUUCUCUGUGUAAUUUGAUUGGUCAAUUCAUCAUGCAAGGAACCAUUCCUUUUUAACCAUGGUUGGUCUCUAUAAAACUUGGUCCCCGAAUGCCCUUUGACCCCUACAGUCAUGUGACUUGCCAGGCCAUUGUUUGCACUGCCCUUCAUUUGCAGCUCAUUGACAUUUAAAUUAUCUAUUAUGUGAGGCUACUGUGAACAGGUUAUAGGUCUACAUUUUUGAAAAUUGAGCGGGUCAUCAAAGAAAUAUUAAGCAGUUAAAAAAAAAUAAACUAACGAAAAAUACAAGUUACAUAGUGCCAUUGUACCGUCGUUUUUUCCCUACCUAUUACACUUUUCUCAUCCAGAUUACUGAGCAUGCUCAUUGUUGAACAGCAAAGAAGGAAUGUCCCUGUCCUCUGUCAAGUAAGGCUCUUUGUACAGAUCAUGUCAUGGAUAUUUGGUGGUUAUGUUGAUAUUGCUCAUGCACCCAUGAGCAAUAUCUGUCUCCAAAAACUCAUCACUCACCCUGGAACCAGGCCAUGUUAGACAGACCAAUAUUUUAUAAAGUCAGAAAACACCUAAAUCUGUAUAUGUACCAGUUUCUCAACAUCUUCCCAAUAACCUUGUCUCUCAUGAACUCCACGGUCAUGACCAAGAGCAGUGCUGGGAAUAUUCUGGAUCUGUGAGGUGGUUUCAUCGUGGGAGGACGUUAUUAGCAGUUUGGGCUCGCUCAGGCUCAGGCUCUGUCCGUUUAGUUGAGAGGCUGCAUCAUCAGCAGCUGCCGAGCGCGGCUCUUGCGGGCUUCGCCCCCUGGAGAGCAGGUGUCUGCGCUUUGCGUCGGACGUCCUUGUGAGAGGAGCGGCCGUCCUUGUGAGGCGCUGCCCAACGCCUGAGGCUAGCCUUGAGCGGGGAGCCCCCAGAGCCCCCCUCUCUCUCUCUCUCUUUCUCUCUGCCGCAGAACGCCCCACGGGGCCCCCCAGUCUGUGAGCUCCACCAGAGGUGUCCUCUACGGUUGGCCCGCACAAAUCAAAAAGGCUCUCUCCCAGUGGAGGGGGAGGCGUCAGUUACCCUCGCAAAUUAAAGGCAAACUGAAACAGGACAGCAGCUCGCGAGUUAAAUAUCCUUUCUUUGAAGGAUCACAUUUUUUUAAAUGCCUGUGAUGCAGUGGACAAAUUAUUUAGUGAAAUAAAGUAAAAUUGAGCAGAUCGGAUGUUUAAGACUAUGGUAUUUUUUAUGAAUGCUUCCCCCCCCCCCCCCCGCAAUGCUGGAGAGAAAUGUCAUUUAAAAAUGGAUUAUAAAUUCUAGGUCUAUUUGUUCAUUUUUAAACUGCCAUAAAGGUGAGGAAGCAGACGUUUUGAGUUUUGCGUGGGUGUAUGGGGUAAUGUUCAGGACACCUCCUUUUUGAGAUUUCCAUCUAUUAGGGCGCCCUGUUGCUAUGUAGUUCCUGUGUAUGCGACUGUCAUGUGGUUGUAGUUCUGUGGCAGACUCGCUCUGGUCGUAAGUCAAACGGGACAUGCACAAGGCUGAUGUGCGUACUGUAGCAUGGGUGGUCAGCCAAGUGUUACUGGCCGUGCCAGUGCGAGUAACGGGAAACAGAAAAUGUCUUCUUCUUUGGACUGGGUUUGAUUUUGAAAGUCAUCUCAGCCAGAAUUUUUGAAAAUCUGCUCUUGUGAUUUCUGACGCACGAAAGUCACGCAACGCUGAAAUGACAGCGGUGACUGAGGAGCAGUUCAGUUAUCCAUCAGCUCAAAAUGGCGUCGCAGCUAAAACAUAAUGCUGAGCCUUGUGAUAAAGGCAGAAACCCUGAAAAAAUAUCUUCCACUGAAUGAACUCGGAUUCAGAGAAGUAUGAGUUAAUGUGUCUGCAGUUUAUGUUCGGUAGAAGAUAUUAUUCGGUGGAAGAUGGUUUUUUGCAAGUGUGACGGAAUAUAUGCAUGGUUUACAGUAUGGAGGCAUUAGAAUGAACAUUUUAAUUUAAGUUUGUCAGGAAUAAUCUCAGAAAGCUUAUGCUAAAUAUUUAGCUUUUUUGUGUAUGUAUGUGUGCAUCAUGCCUUGUUAAGGUAACCAUCGCCUACUGCGCUUAGAUAAAUUCUCUGCCCGUCAUGGCUUUGUUCGUAAGCAUUUCCGUGCUGUCGUGUCAUAUCCAUUUAACAAUGGCUAAUGCUAAUAGCAGCGAAGCAGAAGAGAAGGCUUGCUUGUCUUUGUCUGAUUGGGUAGGUUAGACCUAUGGCUCAGAAGGCAGCGUAAAUGGCCACACAAUCUGAGAAGCUCUGCACCAUCCCCCUGCAUCAUAUUCUGGCGGCCCCCUAUUGGUGCCCUUGUAGGCUGAGAGAAGGUGUAAGCAGGUACUUUCAGACCUGGGUAAUGCUAGACUCUGUGUGAGGCUGCGUUGGAGCUCAGAGACAUCAGUACGCAUGUGACCAUUUCCCUACAGAUGACGACUUACUGACCUCUCCUGAAAUGCAUUAUAACCUCUGCUUUGCAGUGUUUUCAUGUGCUGCUUUGUAAGCUCCCCCUUUUUGCAGCCAAGUUUCAGCAUUUAAAGCAUGCGUUACCAUCCGCAAAGAUGCAAUGUUUUUGCUUUCUUCAAUCUAUGGAGUAGGAAGUAAUGAAUUGUAGGACGUGUUUGAGUGUGUAUCCCCAGGAUGUCCGAUUAUUAAAAUGGGAAAGAAAUGCCUUGCCCCUGUGAAUUUGGAAGACUGUUUCAUUUUCCUCAGGAUCUCAGUAUGAGGUAAACAUUCAUCUAUGAUACAAUAUAUUAGACACUAUUUCUGAAUCCUAAUGUUUAUUAUAAAAGUCAAAAGCUGGCCAUUCGACAUUGUACAGAUACUAACCAAAAUACUGGGUGGAUACUCGCUGCAGCAAGCUAAGCCUUUAUGGUCAGUGAAAGGGAACUAGAAAGUCAUAUUCUGGCAUCCUGGACUAGCAGCUAGGAAAUGAUGUCAUGACCUGCUAACUUCCUGAAUUAACUGUUUAAUGAUUCCACUGGUUUGGGCUGUGAAGCGAGGCUGAAAGUUGACAGAGCAGAGCUCCAGCCGUCCUGCCCCCAUCUGCUCAGCCGCGUAAAGCGUGAAUGAGCUAAAUCCAGGCUCUACAUCCCAAUUGGCUGCGGCCAUUUUAAAGUACAACUGAGGUAAAUCCAAGUCCAGACCAACUGUGGCCUUUUAAAAAGCUCCAGGCUCCAGCUGUGGCUGAGGCUGAGGCUAGGGUGGAGUGAUUUCGCUUUACUUUUCUGUGUUGGUAGAAUCAAUAGUUCCCAAUAAACAAAAGAGGAGAGGAGAGGAGAGAACUAAAUAUAUGAGAACUCCCACAGAGGGAGAACAGUAGGUGGCUGUUUUUAACCCCAGAGUGCAGAUGUGCGAAGUUUAUUACAUUUAGGUUAGCCCUGUUCAUUUCACAACACCAACAGUGUGGGAUUUGAAUUAGUAGUGAAGUUUAAUUAUUAAUUCAAAUUUGGGUAUUAACGAGACCAUCCACGCCACUUGUUGACAUUGAUCAAAACUGGCUGUUUUCAGUAAUUGAAAUGGUCGUGUAUGGGGGAGAGAUUGCACCUGACAAUGGAUUGAACACAGCGGGCAUUCAGGGAGACGCAAGCUUCAAAUAUGGCUUCUGACAUUAAUAAAACUGAUUACUGGAUGUACAGUACUGUGUAAAAAGGACAGGAGUGAGAGCCCAGAUACAUUCACUUGUGUGUUACUCUUCCACUACAGUAGUUUUUAUUCAAACUCACUCAUGUGACCUGGGCAGCCAUUCUCUCAGAUAUCUGCUCGUAAAUUAAAAUCUCCCUUUCUUGUCUCUCUCAGCUGUCUGGACAAAAUUUGUUCAUUCCAUGUGUUCUAGCCAGCUUCUGUUGGGCUGCUGCCAGUUAGGACAGGAGAUGGGAGACUUUGGAGGUCAGGAGACAAGCAGUUUGAAGUUGCACCUCACGGCUUUGUUGCUAGGCUGUAGGUCUUCUCAGCAACUGUCUCCGCUACGCCCUCCUUGCUGGAUGUGACCCUGUUGCCAGGCAAUAUGAACUUCUGUGAUCGUCUGAAAGUUCUGAUAGUGAAAACCCUGCUAAGAGCCGUGAUUUCUGUUUGUAAGGGGCGUGCUGAGCUGUUCUUUUAAGCGUUUCUGUGUCCGCAUAGGUUUUACCCGAUUUUACAUGCUUGUCACUCUGGCGAAAUAAUUCCCCUUAGUGCAUUUUCCAAUCAUUUCAUUGAAGAAUGUUUAUCUUCUAAUGUGGUCUUGGCUGGAUGUACACCUAAAAUGCAGUUAAAGCUUACAUUUAUGUUUAUGAUUAUGUUAAUUUGUGAUUUUAUAGUAGAAAAAAGUCCACACUUUCCAUGUGUAGAGGCUGCCUUCAUUUUGUAUGCUCAUUCAUGGCUCAUUUUACUCACUUGAGAACAUUACUGAGGGACUGUUUUUAAGCUUAAUGGUUGCUGCAAGAACAAUUGUGCUGCGAGCAUUUUUGGCAGUAAUUUAAAUUCUGUAUUUAUUUACAGAAAAAAUAAUUGUACUCCAGAAUGCAGUUUUUUCCACUAAACCAAGCAUUUUUAGGCAUGAAUCAAACAAGAGCUAUUCUGCUGUAACGUCAAUAAGAAAUACGGUUCACAGGUGAUGGAGAGCUGUUAUUUAAAAAAAAAAAAAACAGUUUGUUGGUUCCCUGCACACUAACCCUCCUAGACAUUUGCAUCCUUUGCUGAGUCUAGCCGAGACACACUUUAAUUUGCCUGUAGGACGCAGCCAGUGUCUUUGUUGGUCUCAUCAGGUGAGAAAGAGGAUCUGGUGAGAAGCUUGAGAUGAGAGGGAUGAGACUGUCGAUUGUGAAUUUCCAUUUGAGUUGAGAUGCAAAAAGUUGUGAGCAACCAAUGCGACCAACCUGCACUGAGAGUAUGGGGGAUUAUAAAAUGGCGCCUAUCGAUUGCGUUGUCAGUGCAUUCUUUUCAAAUUGUCCUUUGCCAAAAGACAAGGGAACUGUUUAUAGCACACUUGAGAGAUCUGAAUGUCCGUCCAAUUAGCUGUCUAAUGGCCUUCAUUAAAAUGAGAAUUUCUCAUUUUUGUAUUUUACUAUGGUUUUCCUUUGACAUUCAGUGGAUGUAGUAUGCAUGGAUAUGAGUGUAUUAUGUAAAAGCCUUCACUUUAAUCUUGUGUUCCUGAAGGGCUUUUAAUUGAGGGCGUUUACUGCACCUUUGAUCUCCCAUCAUCAUUCUGAAGGGUGUUGAGCAUCGCAGGCAUUUGUAAUUCUGUGCAUGUUCCUUUAAUUUUAUUUUUGAAAAUGGUUCUGCUCCAGUGUGAAUUAGCAUAAACACCAUGCAGGCCUCCUCCUGAAGUACUUGUCAUGUCAUAUGGAGCCUGUUCUGCCUUUUCAUGCAUAUAGAUUCAUAUGGUUCCAAGGAGAAUGUAACACAGCAUGGAGUAUGUGUCUCUGGUGCUUUGCUAAAUGCAGAAUGUCACAUACCACCCUAGAAAUCCAAGUCCAUCCGAUGCUCACCAGUGUCUUCUGUAAUUUCCCAUGCAACCUGUUUGACCUACAAGCAGCCUCACCAGUAACCCGUGGCAUUUUUGGUUGUGCGUCCCGCCGUCUCCCCCUCACGUCACGUGGCGCCCGGGGCAUUUAAGGAGCGUAUCCUUGUCCCGACGCCAAUCACAGCUCGCGCGGUGUGUCACAGGGCCUGACGCUGCAUGUCAGCAUUCGUGUUAAAACCUUGUAACUUCACACAGAGGUCAGAAGGUGUUGACGGAGCCCCCAGAUAUAGGUACACGCAUGCAACAACAACAAAAAAAAGAAAAAGCCCCUGAUUUGCAAGGUGACUGGCAAUGCCAGGCAUGUUCUCCCAGCCCCUCCCCCGAGCGUGUAAACACACGUGUGUGAGAAACCGCAUGGCCCGGACCCUCUGGAGGUUCUCACGUGUGCUGAGGCACAAGGUACCCUCUUGUCCAGGCAGGGGUUUGUCUUGGCCUGCUGCAAGUGAUUACAGACACAGGUGCAAAGCCAUUGCUCCCCCCCAGUCCUUUUACCCCCACCCCCACCCCCCCUAGCCUGUGCCCUACUUGGGUUCACUAACCUGUUCUUUACACGACACCUCAUGUGGAGCAAACAUACUGGACUGCUGGCCUGAUUUAUCUGGGCUUUGCACCAUUUUACUGCAUAAUGACCUCGCCAUAGCACAGAUUUUUCAGUGAUAAAAAAACCUGAAUUUUAUUUCCUCUUGAAUGUAGUUCAGCUAGUUCAGAAGCCCGUAUAAAUCCUUAUCCUAUUAUAGGGAUUUACUCACAUAUUAUUUCAUAUUUUAAUCGUUUCCCAUUAAAUAGCAAUUUCACAUCACAGCUCUCCCUAACAAUGCCUUUAUUACAAUGUACUGCUGCAGCGUUUUGCUGUUCCUGUUUUGGUAUUUGUUUGGAUGGUUUGAUUGGUUUUUUUUAUUUGCAUACGCUUUGUUAUUUGGUCACAUGUACAGUACAAGAAUUUGGGCAGUUGCACACAUUAUAAUGAAACUUAUUGAAAGAUGAAUGGGAAUGCGCACUUGUCCACAGCUAAAGCUUGUGAUGACAAAGACAUGUGACUGCAGAAAAUCUGUCUCUUGGUUGCUGGUACUGAGGGAUUAAGAAGAUGGAGGAGUCCAUCACUGAAUCUGUGCGAUGCUCUGUUCGCACGACAGAGUCAACCUGCCAGCCAAUCAAAUGUUCUCAGAAGGUAUGAGAAACCUGAAAGUCUAAAUUGAACCCAAUUCUGUUCAGUGAUUGGACAGCCCUGAUGGUGACUCAGGGGCUGGAGGAAAGCGUAACCAUUUUACCACUAAGUUAAUGAAUGCAGCAUUUCUGCAACACUAAUUUCUUACUGCGUAACUUUAUUUUCUUACUGCAGCUUUUAUUUAAGUAUAUUUUUCUCUUUCUCAUUUUAUUUUGCUUUUCUUUUUUGCUUUGGAACUUUAGUACUAGCAUGAUUUAAAUACCUCAGUAUACAAAGCAAAUGUUUUACAUUUUUGCACAUUAUUUUUCAUUUGUAUCUAUCUUGUAAAUGUACUGUAUGUUUGACAUAUGCAAAAACUUACAUUGCUGCAGUUAUCAGUUAUGUGUUGUUAUAUUUUAUUUUAUGUACUGAUGCUGAAUAGUGCUAUCAUUUGAAUGUUGUGACCAGAUUCACAGCCUUCUUAUAUUAAAAUCUAGUAAUGAUAUAAAGAAAAUG